AUGUUUACAAUGCAACAAGUGGAUUGUGAUGAUUCGGGUGAGUUAUAUGUUGAUGAAUUGACGAACAUUACAGCACCAAAUGACACUCAUAGUUUAAUACGACAAAAACUGGAACAAAUAGUUGUAAAUCAAUGUAAGGACGAAGAUCAACAUCAUUUUGCUGGUGAUGUAUCGAAAAUAAAACAAAAUAAUACAAAAUCACCAUCAACAUUUGCUGUAAGUGAACAAGCAGAUAAAAUACUACGAACAUGGACUAAUGGCUAUUAUUUUAUUGAAAUUUUUGAACCAGACUUUUUUGAAUCAUUCAGUUUUUAUUUUGAUAUUUCUAUUAUUGUAUCAAUCGAAAAUCGCUAUGGUGGUUAUAUUACAGCGGAUGAAUAUCCAGCCUUAGUUUUGUAUCGUGUUAUGUUUGGUAUCUAUGCUAUAUACACCAUUUUAUUUCUUCUUUGGUGUACACUAUUUUGGCGAAAGUUGCACAACAUUCAUUUUUACAUUGGUGGUAGUAUAUUUCUAUGUAUGAUUCAACAAGCAGCAUAUUUUGUUGAAUAUGAGACUGUUAAUCGACGUGGGUAUCAGAUUACUCUUUUUACAGUUAGUGCUGAACUUUUAUCCUGUUUACAGCGCACUGUACUACGUAUGCUUUAUGUUAUUAUUUCACUUGGUUAUGGUAUAGCUACAAUGCAUAUAGGACCAUUAAAAUUAAAAAUAUUUGUUGUCGGUCUACUUUACUUUAUUGUUUUCAUAAUCGAAGGGUGGGAUCAUUUACAUGCUAAAUACGGUGAACUAAGUACUAUACAGAUGAUAUCGGGUAUGGUAUUAUUCGUCAUGGAUAUGAAGAUUAUUUCUUGGAUAAUAAAGAGUUUAUCCAUAACAAUAAAAACAGUGCGUUCAAAGAACAAUAUUGUUAAAUUAAAUGUUUAUCGAUAUUUUCGAAAUACAUUAAUAUUUGCUUUAAUUGCAAAUCUAUCCAUGCUUGUUUGGUCAAUUGUAGCUCUAUUUGAUAAUACAUGCACAUCAAAUAUUAAAAGAAAUUGGUUUGAUAUUACAUUUUACACCAUGCCUUAUUCAUUAAUACUUAUUGUCGUCAUGUUUUUAUUUCAACCAAAAAAAGAUGAAGUGGCUGAUCAGAAUGACGAUGAAGAUAAUGAAAUUUUAAUUCUUCGUUUAUUUUUAGUAAUAGGAAACAAAUCUUGUUUUGAAAAUUUAGCAAAUGAAACAAUUUAUGAAAUAUUUCAAUAUCUUGAUGUUUAUUACGUUUACGAAGGAUUUUUUUAUCUUAAUCAACGAUUUCAAAAUAUAAUUGUUAAUAAAAAUUUUCUAAUUCAAAUAAAUGUUUCAACAAUGUCAAAAUCGAAUUUUGAACUUUAUAAUAAAAAUAUGAUUGAACCAAAUAAACAUCGAAUUAAUUAUCUUCGUUUAUCAAAUCAAUUUACUAUUGAUAUUAUUUUCCUUCCAACACAUAUUAUUUGUGAUUAUAUUCAACUUGAAAGAUUAAUUCUCGAUAAUAUCGAUGUAAAAUAUCUUAAUAAUAUUCUUGAACAUUUAACUUUUUUACCAAAAUUACAUUCAUUAGUUCUUACUCCUAUUGAUUAUGUUCAAGAUACAAGUAUCUUUUUUAUUUCUAUAUUUUCUUUACCUAAAUUAAAAUCUUGCACACUAACCUAUCGAACAAAAUAUGAUGAACAAGCAAUGCCUAUUUAUAUGACUGAUUUUAAAGAUAGUCCUAUUGAAUAUUUUGUGAUCAAUAAUCGAUUUUCAAUUGAAUCACUUAAUGAUAUAUUUCUUUGUCUGCCAAAACUUCGUUAUUUAUCAAUUGAUUGUCUUGUUGGAUGUGAUGAUCCAGAUAUUGAUCAAGAUCCUAUUGUAACAAAAUAUUUAAAUAAUGUUUCUAUUAAACUUGAUUCAAUCGGUUUCAAUCUAUUGCAAGAAUUAAUUAAACUUUUUUUUUAUAAUAUUGAAAUUUUACAUAUUUCAACAAAAUUUGAUCAAACAUAUUUAGAUGGAAAACAAUGGGAAGAAUUAAUUUUAUCAUCAAUGCCAAAUUUACGUACGUUUGAUAUAAGUCAUGAUGGUGGUACAUAUCAUAAUCAAUUAACAUAUCAUGAUUUAAUAAAUCAAUUUAAUUCAUCAUUUUGGAUUAAAAAACAAUGGUUUUUUACACAUCAACAUGAUUCACAAGAAACAUUUGAUAGUGGCCUUUUUUAUUCAACAAAUCCAUAUAGAAGAAAAACUUAUAGAUUUUAUUGGCAAUACAAUCAACAAGUUUAUUUAAAUAUGCAAGAAAAGAAUUUAAAUAUAGUUAAACAUGUUCAUAUAUGUAGUAAACAAAUAAUAAAUAAUUAUGUAAAUUAUUUUUCAAAUGCAAAUCAAUUAACAAUUGAACAUUAUUUUAAAACAUCUGAUGAUUCAAUAUCAACAACUCUUAAUCGUAUUCUUCCUUUAAAACAAUUAACUAAAUUAAAUAUAAAAAGUUCAAAUUUUCCUUUUGAACAAAUUAUUAAAUUAAUACAUUUAACACCUAAUUUACAUGCAUUAAAAUUAGAUUUCUUAUAUUUAAAUGAAAUAUAUUUAAAAUUAAUUGAACAGAAUGAAAUUUUUCGAUAUGUAUCAAAUACAAAUAAAAUUACAAAUAUAGAUAUUGGAGAAAAAUGUACAUUAGAAAUAUUUCAAUUAAUUAUGUAUUUAUUUCCACAAGUUGAAUAUCUUAAAAUUAGAAUCAAUAAAAAAGAAAUUAAUCAAAUUAUACGAUAUUUAUUUUCAAAAACUACUAAUAAAAUACGUCGUUUAUUCUUUUUGUGCAUUUCACAAAUAUCUAAAGUAUGCCUUCGAGAAUUAAAUUUUUUAAUUAAAUCAGAAAACUUACUCAAUGAUUAUUCUAUUAAAUAUAUUAAUCGUGACUUAUAUUUAUGGUGGUAG